GCCAAAUGGCAAGCGGUUUAGGUAGUCUAUGUCGCCAACUAUCGGAUAAGCAAUCUCAAGGAAAACGCGUGAUUUCGCUGGCGGUGCUCUACCCGAUGGACUCAUUUCAUCCAAUGUAAACGUUACUCUUUUCGGCAUGGGGGCCAGGGCUUCCGAGCAAUCCGGCUGCGCAAGGGUCAUUGAAGCAUCCUUUGGCCAACUUCUAGCUUCAAGCCUCAUGGUUCAGACGAUGCCGUCACAGCAAGCUUCCGGCACCCUCUAGCCGAGGGCAACUGCGUUUAGAACGCGGACUUCCCCAAGUCCAUGGUAGACAAUGUCGGCAUACAAUAACCUUCUUUGCCCUACUGGCGGGCAUUUGAGUGCGCAAUUGCAACAGUCCUUUGCUUGGUCUCCUUACGUUCGACGACAUGCAAGAUGAUGGCUCCCGAGGAGGACGACUUUCUUGAGAAGGCUUCGGGCGCGGGCUUGUCUUACUCGACCACAGUUGCAAGCGAACACAUGGACUUGCGGGUGUUGUUCCAUCUGAAGACGCUCUAUCUGUUCACAAAGAGCGAUGUCAAGAUCGUGCUCGUGCCCCAGGUCAUCUUCAUCACCUCGGCGAUGCUCAGCCGCGAGCGUCUUACGACGGUUCCCAGCCAGACGGUGGGCGAGGCUCUACAGCGGCUGCCCCUGGCCAUCUUGUGGAUAUGGGUCAACCUCAUCGUGUGCGGCAUCUCGAACCAGCGUCUGGAAAAGUCCGUGAUCGAAGACGAGCACAACAAACCGUGGCGCCCGAUCGCCGCGAAACGACUCACCGCCGAACAAGCGCGCAAGCUGCUCCUGGGCAUGAUUCCGUUGGCGGUCGGCAUGAGCGCGGCUCUGGGCGGGUUCAAAUCCACCGUGUCGAUGAUGACGCUGCUCUGGAUGUACGACGACCUCGACGGCAACGCCUACAUCUGGGGGCGCAACGCCCUCAACACGUGUGGCAUCAUGUGCUUCGGCUCCGGGUCGCUGGAGGUCCUCUCGCGGGGAGAGCUGCUUCCCACAUCGUGGGGCUGGAUCGGUUUGACGGGGGCCGCGAUCGCGACGACGGUCCAGGCCUUGGACUUCCCGGACAUGGAGGGGGACAGAGCGCGGGGUCGGAAGACCGUCCCGCUGCUGUACGGCGAGAACGUCGCCCGCGGCGGUCUCGCGGCGAUGGUCCUAUUCUGGUCGGUCGCGUGCUCUAUGUUCUGGGACCUCCAACCCGUCUUCUGGGGCGCGCCUGUCGGCGUGGGAGCCAUGGUGGCUGCGUUGACUAUGCUAAGGCGGAAUGAGAAAUCUGAUGGUGUUGUGGCGAAGUUAUGGUGUUUGUGGAUGUCCGUUUUGUACAUGCUACCACUCCUUGCUUCAUAAUGAUACACGGAGAAUGAACUGGGAGUAGGCUUGUCAGAGGCAUUGGACCCGAAAGGUGAUGAGAAAGGCCUGCAUUGUGAGGCGUCAUGGAGUCUUGUGAAACUAUUUGGGAAGCCAGGCCAUAUUCGGUGGCCUUCAAAGUACAUUCGAUGGUUUUCAAAGUUGAGAGUUCGGGGAUGUAUGCAACCCACGGCUCGCCGGUGGCUGGGUUACUCGAUUUUCAUAUAUGAUACCUGCUGAAGCAGUGUUCUUAUUUUUGUCGUGUUGUGUAUACAAUAUAGAUGAGUUGGUGUGUAGUUACAAUUCUUCUACUGCUUGCAAUGA